GAGAGGGAAAGCGCCAGAGAUAUUUAAUUAGUUUUAGAAGUAGGCUAAGUUUUGCUCUUUAGUUGAACUUCCCUCCCCUUGGAAAUUCUCAAAUAAACAAAAAGGAGAAGUGCCAGCAUAGCUUACGUGAUAAAAGGUGGACUGUGGAUAUGGUAAAAUGUGUAAUUACAUGCAUAUGCAUUAAUCUAAUUUAAAGAGAAGUAACGAAGAUUUUGGAAGAAAGGUGUCCUCCCUCUUCACUGCCAGGGCCGGGUCUGCUGCAGCCAGCUGGGCACCCCCCACACCACCACCACCACCCCUCCUAGGGCUAAGCGCUGCAGCUCCAUGCCAACACACCCCCUCCCUCUGUUGGGUGACGCGGGUGGAAGGACGCAGGGAUGAGCAACAAUGGGGCAGCGAAGGGGCCCUCGCCGCCGGGCGAAGCCGAGCCUCCCGCCGUAACCCCACGCAGGGGGAGGGGGCGUCCGCGCAAGCCACAGCAGGAGCCCACUGGUCCCCCGACCCCAAAGAGACCAAGGGGACGGCCUCGUGGAAGCAAGAACAAGGGCCCUCGCGCCACGACCAAGAAAGCAGAGCCAGUUGGGGAGAAGAGGCCUCGAGGGAGACCGAGAAAGUGGCCCCAGAAAGUGGUUCAAGAAGAAGCAGCGCAGGGUGAGCGGGAGGAGGAGGAGGAGGCGAGGGAGGGUCCCUCUCAGGCCCCGCCCCCUGCGGAAGGGGAUUAGGCAGCGCGGCACACACCUACCUCACUGGCUGGGUGGCGGCAGGGACGAGGGAGGACCGAGCACCCAGCGAGCCAUGAAGAUUGCAAAACAGGAAAAAUAAUAGAGUUUCUCAUUUUUUUCAUAUAUUUUUUACAUGCAAAACAAAAGGUAAAACAGCUUCCACUGCCAAGGUAGGCCUCCGCCUGUGACCGCUCUGGGCCGGUGUGAAUGGCCGACUCUCGACAGCCACUGUCCUCCUCGCCCUCAGUCCCAUGACCCUUAUUUUUAAACUGUGUUUCUCAUUUUUGUUUCAGUUUAUACUGUAGGAACAAAAAAAUAAGUAUUUUCAAUGUUUUACUGUUUUCAUCAAAACAAUCAAACGUACUGUUUACCUACUAUGUUUGCAGGGCAGCUGCCGCACUGAAUCAUGGGAGUGAGAAAUUUGCUUUGUCUUGACCCUGUUCUGCUCAUAUUGUCUUUCAGCAGGAGCAGGGUUGAGAGUUCAAUUGUCUAACAUGUUGGCACUUCUGUAUGUGUUUCUUUAAGUGACCUAUGUGGUCUCCCCACUGGCUGAUGCCACCCCAGGUCUGGCAGAAAGAACAGCGUUUUGGCAUCCACUCAAACACGCCAGCAUUUAUCCAUAGAAAUCCACUUACACGAUGUCAGUGGGGCAAUUUGAACAAAGCCCUGCUGAGCGAGUGUGCAUGUGUGCUUGCAUGUGUGUUUGAGUGUGCUUGCACGUGUAUGCGAGGAGACAGGAUGUGUCUGAUACGCCGUUCCCAGAGAGCUCUGUCCCACUUUGAUGACAUCAUGGUGGUGCAUGCUCCAUGUUGCUGGGGAUGAAAGGGUGGGAUGGAGGGGGGGAGGGGGCUGGCUCUUCUCAUCAGGAGCUUGGCUCAGGUGUUCUCUGUCCUCAAUGCUCACCGACAUCAUCUCAUACCACAUAACUUAAGCAGGGGUUACGACCCUGCCGA